UCUCCUUUGGUAGGGACACGGACACCAUGGAAUUUUUCUCCACUUCUAUUGUUUCCUCUUCAUUUUCCUUGUAUAGUAAAAUCAAAGUGUGCCCCCUCGAAAUUUCAUGCAAUGAAGAUGAAGAUUUAAGAGAGAGAGAGAAAGCAGCUCUGUUACAAGGAAAAUAGGAGCCCGAGCAUCUGAGAGAUUCGUGCGAUUUCAGUGAAGAAAUUCUCAAUGAUAUUUUGGAUUAAAUUUCUGCAGCUACUCUGAAUACCGAAUUUUCCCAAAGGUGAAAGAUGGCGUGGUGGUCGUCCUCGUCGUCGUCUCGGGACAACUGGGAAAGGCUGGUGGCAGCAGUGCUGAAGAAAGAGCAGAUUUGGGAUCUGUGUCACCGAAACUCCUUCUCCACCAUUGCUUCUGAUUAUAGCGAUGGAAUUCUUAGUUUCUCAAAUAACAGUUCGAGACCUGUUUCCUCAUUCCCAUCUCCUCAACUUCCACUUACUAACGACUCUGUCGUUGAAGAUAUGGAAAAUGCUUCUAAAACUAUGACACUUAAGAGAUUUUUCCUAGACCAGCUACUUGUUGCAACAGACGAUUUUAGCCACAGAAAUGUCAUUGGACAUGGAAGACAUAGUACAGUAUAUAAAGGUCGAUUGGUAGAUGGCUCUCUAGUGGCAGUUAAGAAACUAUGGCAACGAGUAAUCGGGAUAGAACUAGAAAUGGCAAGCCUUGUAAAGCAUCGCAAUAUAAUUAAACUUAUUGGAUUUUGCAUUACGCAAAAGGAACAACUGCUCGUUUAUCCUUAUAUGGCGAAUGGAAGUGUGGCAUCAUGCUUAAGAGAAAGAUAUGAGUGGCAGCCUCCACUUGAAUGGCCAGUGAGAAAAACGAUAGCACUAGGGGUUGCAAAGGGUCUCUCUUAUUUGAAUCAGGAAUGCACCCGAGGUAUCAUUCAUCGUGAUGUUAAAGCUGCAAAUAUAUUGUUGGACGAGAAUUUUGAAGCAUUCGUUGCUGACUUCACCUUGGCCAAAUUCAUGGACUGUGAUGAUGAUGAUGAUGAUGGUGUGGUAGGAACACUGAGUCAUAUAGCCCCCGAGUACCUCUCCACGGGUAAGUGUACAGAGAAAACUGAUGUAUUUAGUUAUGGGGUCUUUCUUCUUGAGCUCAUCACAGGGAAGCAAAUUUCUCAUCUUCCUCAGCUGGCCUGUAUCGACAGCAUGAAGUUAUUGGAUUUGGUAAGUGGAUUAUGGGAGAAAAAGUUUGAAGUGAUGAUUGAUCCAGAUCUCAAUGGAAACUACGUGGAAGAAGAGGUGAAGAAGUUGAUGCGAAUGGCUCUCAUCUGCACUCGGAGUGAUCCAGAUGCACGUCCCACGAUGUUGGAAUUCGUGAGGAUGUUUGAAGAUGGAGAUGACAUUGCUGAGAGGUGGGAAGAAGAAGCGAAACCAGCUCGUCUCGACUCCCAUACACCAAUUCUGGGAAUUCAUUGUUAUCAAAGCUCUUUGGGUUGAAGAAUCUGUAGUUUGUAGGAGUAUGUUUGGAACUGCUGGAAUUAAUAAAAGUCCGUUGAAAAUAGUACUUUCUCCGUAUCUUGGCAUAUUUGCUUUCGGCAUGGAGAUUAAAAAUAAGGCGUUACGAGUGUAAAGUGGGCAGACACCAUUAUUCUUUUCUCCCGAAUUUUGAAAAUUUCAUUAGCUUGACAGUUCCAAGAGGUUAAUCUAUUGUAGAAGUAUAAUUAUGUAAUUGGAACGACAUCAUUUUGACUGUCAUUAUUUUCAGUAAAGAAAAUUUAAAUUCGAUUCAAUGAUAAAUGAGUUAAA